CUGCUUCUCUGGGGUCCCUCUCGCCGUGGCUAUAGAGCGGAUGCGAGUUGCAUGCUGGGGGGUGGGGAAGGGGCACCGGCUGAGGCUGGGGCGGCCCGCGUACAGCCGCUGUCGCUUCAGGCUAGGAGAAGGGUGUGGAGCGGCUCCUCGGCAGGCAGGAGGCAGUCCCGGCGCUGGCCUCCGAUGGCGGGAAAGACGGAUCCAACUCCAGAGAUCCAGGGUUGCUUGCUACCUUCGGGCUCUUUUUGCAAAAAGAAGCUAGCAGAGAGACCAGGAUACAUGAGAACUGGUGAACUGCAGCGGAUAGAAUUUCAUCCUUCUGUUGAUUGUGAACCACUUAUUCCAAAGGAGCUUGAGCAUCGUGUCAGGAAACAGCACAGAGAUUUUAAGAUCUGCUCUUUGAAGAGGUCAUGCAAAAACAACUUGGGAUCGACCCAUUGUAAUGUAUGUGUAUGUACCAAACUUUCCUCAGAUGUGGCAACUGGAUCAGCCACUGUUGAAAUUGCAGCGGAUCACAGAGUGCAACAGUCAGAAAAUCUAAUCUUACCUGUUAGUUCUCCAGUCGCUGUAUGUAAAGAAGAUGCCUUGCCUGUGUACAGCUCAUAUUCACUGCAAACCGAUUCGUUAGACUCUGCGAAGGAUACUGCUUGCCAUGGUAGCUCACAGGAGAAGAAGAGAAUGCAUGCUUUUAGUCAGAAGACAGUGAAUGACAAUCUGGAAUUUGAAAGCAAAGACAUUGCUUGUAGUUCUAUUUCUCAGGGUCACUUUAAUUCAAGUUUUAGCUUCAUUCAGCAAUCUUUAAAUCCAGCUUUUGAAACGAGUGGAAUUAUGGGACAAUCAGAUUGUAGUGACCCUAAAGACAUCCUGCAAGUAUGCAAAGUAGGAAAAUCAGAUAAUGGUAAUUCUCAUGUGCUUGGGGAGGCUCAAGAAAAUUUAGGAGGGAAAUUAUGGGCUUCAUCCCACAGCUGUGUGCGCGCUGAAGACUGUAAAUGCCCAAGGGAGACCAUAGAGGAUGAUAAAUUGUACAAUUUUGAGUCUCUUUCACUUUUAUAUGGAAAUGCUGCAUUUUCAUAUUCCACUGAUUCUUUGGAUGCAACAUCUGCUGGUUCUUCUGUGACCUCAGGCUAUGAAAGCAGUACCAAUGCUAGUGAUCACAGCUGGGAUUCUCUGAUCAGGAAGUAUGAACCAGUCCUACAGGAGUGCUUACUUGAAAACCAAAGUGUAUUAAAGAAACAGUUCUCAAUCAUUAAACUUCAGAAGCUUCAAGAGAAUGCAGUAGCUGAAGAUGACUAUGAGAGAGCUGAUAAAUUUAGAAGAAAACUUGAAGAGCUGGAGAAUGAGAAAAGGUCACUAAAAUUUCAGCUUCCUUCACAACAGCCUUCAAUUAGCAGCUUUUUGGACAGAUUCAGAAUACAGGUUCAAAUGGCCUUAUGUGGGGAUGUUCAUCGGUUUAACAGAGAAGAAACAGUUUUCUUGCAGAAAAGUGAACAGAAGGUUUUCAGCCUUACUUGUCAAGAGAAAAUACAGGUUUCGCUCAACAAACGAGACCAGCUACUUAAAGAAAAACAGUGGAUACAGAAAGAAAUUGAACUGCUGAGAGCAAGGAUGGCUGUUUUGGAAGCUAAAGAUCAGCAGUUAAGGCGAGAAAUUGAAAAUCAAGAUUGUAUCAUUCAGUUGCAGAAUAGUGAAUUAUCUACCUUGCUUAGCUGGGUAUCCCAUGGAGAGCUACAAGCAAUAGGCAAGGCCUUGGCUGAUACUUUGGAAGCAUCACAUCAGAUUCCAUGCAGUUUGGAUUUCCCAGAAUCCAUAAAAAGGCUUCAAGAAAAAGAGCAAUCCCUUAAUAUGUCCAUUAAAAAUACUGCUGCCAAAGUUCGUACGAGUCAGAAGCUGUGCAGCACUUUAAGGGGGAAAGUGAGUGAUAUUGAGACUCAACUACCAGCACUUCUUGAAGCCAAAAUGCUUGCUGUAUCAGGAGGUAAUUUCUGUACUGCUAAAGAUCUUGUAGAAGAAAUUAAGUCAUUAACAACUGAAAGAGAACGACUAGAGGGACUUCUCCAUGAAUGGUUGGUGCUGAGUGCCAGAAAUGUCCAAAAGUUAGAGAGAAUGAAAGAAGGUUACAAGAAGCUGAAGGAAGAAAUGGAGCAAAGGGAGGCUGCCUUUGAGAGAACAUUGAAGGAGAAUAUUCUCAAAUACAUGGCAAUUCUGGAGGAACAACUGCAAAGCUGUGUGAGCCAAUUUCUUGAAAGAGUGUGGGAAGUUGACUUAGAGGCCUGCCAGCUUUUGAUCCAGGAGUUUCAACUGAAAGAAGGUGGCUGUUGUGUUUUUGAGGGUGAAGGGAGCCAAACGGAUGAAAUGGAGGAUACUGCUGAUGUGUUGUUGAGCACCAAGCGACGACAAUCAAAAUGCUUCCCAAUUAAAGACUUCAAGCAGAGUGCUGUCCAGCAUCCUGUUACUCAAAACAAGCACCCAAGUGCACACUGGGACUUGAAACAGGAAUCCCCUGUACUUUCUACAGAACUUGAAGAAAAAUGUGAACAAAUUAGUGAGAAAUUGUUGCAUCUUGAAGAUCAACUUCAGAUAGCAAUCUGCAGCUGUGAUGAAAACCUUAGUCAGUCUCUACAGAGAGAGAUCCAGAUGGUGAAGGAAGCUCUCCAGGCCAUGCUGGUGCAGCUCCAGCCAGCUAAGGAGGCAGAAGAAGAUGCUGCAGCAACUUCCUUGGUGACAGCUGGUGUCCGGGAAAGCAAGACUUAAAGGAGGAGUAAUGAGAAGGAAGGCGGAGGGGGGAAGCCUAAGUCACAAGGGUUGCUUACAAGAACAGAAUGCUCUCUUAUUAGGCCUCAAGGAUUCCUCCUGUCUCUGCAUAACUAAUGAUAACUAAAUCAAUUACAGAGAAAAUGGAGCCUCAGGGUCUCGCCUGACACAUAUUGCAGGUUGCGCAUUCACUGGC